AUGGAGGUGGAAAACUUCCUCGACAACGUGGCCAAGGAGCUCGAAGAUGAGCAGAAGCGCAAAGUGAAGCCCGAGUCUGGCGACCGCGAGGAGGAUGAUCGCCGCACCCGCAGCGACCGGUCUGAUCGUUACAAUGGCGAUCGUGACUACCGUGACAGCCGCCGCCACGGCCGUGAUCGAGACCGAAGCCGAGACCGAUACCAACCUCGUGAGUCUAAUGGGGAGCGGCGCCACAGCCGUGAGCGCAAGCGCAGAGAUGGAAGCCGACCUCGGUCUAGCAAGAGCAAGGAUGCUGACACAGAUGAAGAACGUGUUAGGUAUCCACGUCGCAGCAACUCACGGGACCGAUACCGUGGAGGUCGCAGGGACCGUGGUGGAGAUCGUGGAGGCGACUACUACAGUGGUGGCGGACGAGGUGGACGUUCUCGCUCCCCUCGUCGGAACCGAGAUGAUCGUCGUGAGGAUCGUUACCGCGACCGCGCUCCCCGUGAUAGGGACGCUGACGACCGUCGUGGCAGUGGUCGCCGUCGUACUCCAACGCCCGAGCCAACCGAGGAUGACCGCGACAAGCGUACCAUUUUUGUCCAGCAAAUCUCCCAGCGCGCCGAGAUGCGCCAUCUCCGCGCUUUCUUCGAGGCUGUCGGUCCUGUGGUGGAGGCUCAAAUUGUGAAGGACAGAGUUACUGGUCGCUCUAAAGGUGUCGGUUACGUUGAGUUCAAAGACGAAGAGUCUGUCCCCAAGGCCCUGGAGCUAACCGGCCAGAAACUCAAGGGAGUGCCCAUCAUCGCACAACUUACCGAGGCAGAGAAGAAUCGUGCAUCUCGCGCAGCAGGCGAAGGAGGCGCUGCCAGCGCUACCAAUGGCGCUCCGUUCCACCGCCUCUAUGUCGGCAACAUCCACUUUAGUGUCACCGAGGAGGAUCUCAAGGAGAUCUUCCUUCCUUUUGGCGAACUUGAGCAGGUCACACUCCAGCGUGACGAGCAGAAUCCGACUCGCUCAAAGGGUUACGGGUUUGUUCAAUUCGUUGAUCCGAACGACGCUAAGAAAGCGCUUACAGAAAUGAAUGGCUUUGAGCUUGCCGGUCGCCAGAUUCGUGUUGGCCUCGGCAACGACAAGUUCACGCCCGAGUCGACCGCCCACCUCCUCCGCAACUUUCCACAGCAGGCGGCUAGCUACCAAGGCUCUGCAUUCAGUGGUGCUGGUGGUCGCGGUGCUUAUGCUGGCGGCUCAGGCGGUGUCUUCGACAGAGCUCAUGGUAGAGAUGAUCGUGGCAUUAGCGGCGCUUCAGCACUCGAUGAUACUGACAUGGCGGGUGUCAACUUCAAGCAGGUCGAUCGCAACAAGCUUAUGAUGAACCUCGCUCGCAACGAGGUCGACGUUCCCACCAAAAAGGACGACCGGCCGAUGGCUAAAGCCCGUGCCCCUGUUGAGAACACGAUUGCACCUUCGAAGUGCAUCAAGAUUCAGAACGCAUUCGAUGCUGACCAGGAGUUAGAACAAUUCGGCCCUAAUUGGGCGAAGGAUCUCGAGACCGAAGUCAAGACAGAGUGCAACUCCAAGUACGGCAAAGUCGUUCACAUCGCUGUUGACGCCAACUCCGACGGAGAGAUUUUCGUCAAGUUCGACUCAGUCAGCGGAGGGGAAAGGGCUCUGCAAGGCCUCAAUGGCCGCAACUUCAACUACCGUACUAUUCGUGCCUCCUACGUCGUCGACAAGGUCUACAACUCCCUUUACGGUGCGGCUGCCGCAUUUUAA